AUGGAUGAACUUGUAUCACAAAUGCCAGAGUCUUCUAUGCAAUCUUCAUAUGCAGUAAAUGAAGUUUUCACUCAAGUCAUGGGACCAGAGCGACUUGGACGUGCUAGAACAUAUGGUUUUGGACUAUCUCCUAGAGAUUUGUUCGGACAUAAAAAAUCAGAAGAGAUGCAAGCAAUGCAAUCCCAACUAGAUGAGCAAUUGAGUAGACAUAAGGCAGAGAUGGAGGCUAAACAGUUAGAGAUGGAGGCUCAACAAGCACAAAUGGAGAAGCAAAUGAGUCAGAUGGAAGCUAAGUUUGACACUCAACAAAGACAGUUUGAGGUUUUCUCGUUCAAAUGCGUGCAAUGGGCACCUGAUGCAUCUAGUACUCAUAAUAUAAACUCUCAUCGAUCAUUGAUGAGGAGUGAGUCAAGAAGUCCGGUAGUGCGAGACACAGAGUUUCGAGGUCAUUCUAGAGCAUUUUCAUUUGGUCAGGUUCAUCGACAAAAGAGAGCAAAAUUGCAGCAUGUUAAUAACAAUGUAGUGAAAUUCCCGCCCAAGUGA